AUGUCGCCACCACCACCACCGCCACCGCCGCCGCCGCCGUCGCCGCUUUACCGCAAGAAUGCUGUUCAAGCAGCGAAAAAGAUAUGUGUUGUUUACGGAGACAAUGCUGUAAGUGAACGAACAGUGCGCGAAUGGUUUGUGAAAUUCAGACGGGGCGAAUUUAAUGUUGAAGACCGGCCACGCUCCGGUAGGCCAUCCGCGGUUGAUGACGACCAAAUCAAGGCGCUGAUCACAAAUAAUCAGCAUAUUACCACUCGUGAGAUAGCAGAGAGACUCAAAGUGUCGAAUUCGACCAUUUAUGAGCAUUUGAUGCGGCUUGGCUUCGUUAGUCGCCUUGAUGUUUGGGUACCCCACGAAUUAACCGAAAGAAAUUUAAUGGACCGUAUUUCCACCUGCGAUUUAUUGCUCAAACGCAACGAAAACGACCCAUUUUUUAAACAGAUGAUAACGGGCGAUGAGAAAUGGAUCAUCUACAAUAAUGUUGAGCGAAAACGGUCGUGGAGUCAUUCAAGUGAGCCGCCAUCAACCACCCCAAAGGCCAAUAUCCAUGCCCAGAAAGUGAUGCUCUGUUGCUGGUGGGAUUGAAAGGGCAUU